ACGGAGGAUAAUAUUUAAAAUCCUAUCAAACGAAAUAAAUAAAUAAAUAAAUACAUACUACGUAUCUUAGUUGAAUUUGCAAUUAUUAGAGCUAGACUAGAUAGGAUCAUAGGAGUGUCAAGAGAGACCAACAUAAUUCAGCCAUACAAUCCCAUAAGAGGAAAGUAUAUACAUUACGGUAAGGUAGCUAUCAUUGUUCAAGAAAGAAAUUAAAGAUGGAAAGAGCGGAAGGGUGGACUAGAUUACGGACAACCGCCCUUUUGUUCAACGCCAUAUUUAUGGGCAUCGGAAACUGCGGCAACCCUCUUCUCACGCGCCUCUACUUCAUCGGCGGCGGCACCCGGAUAUGGUUUUCCACCUGGCUGCAAACCGUCGCGUGGCCAGUCACUUUCAUCCCUCUUUUCGUCUCCUACCUCCACCACCGCCGCCGCCGGAGCCAGACAAGUGACUCCGGGGAGUUCCAACAUAUCACGCCGUUUCUUUUCAUCUCCGCCUUCCUCAUCGGCCUUCUGAUGGGCCUAAACAACUACCUCUUCACAUACGGCGUUUCCAAGCUUCCGGUCUCGACGGCGCUUCUGAUCGGGAGCUCUCAGCUCGGGUUCACGUCAGUGUUCGCUUUCUUCCUCGUGAAGCAGAAGUUUACGGCGUUCACGAUAAACGCGGUCAUUUUGCUGACCUUAUCGGCGGUUGUUUUGGGCGUCCGGGCGGGGACCGACCGCCCGGCGGGGGAAUCGAACAAGGAAUAUAUUUUGGGGUUUGCUUUGACAGUUGGGUCGGCGGCUUUGCUGGGGUUGGUUUUGCCUUUGGUGGAGUUGAGUUACAGUAAGGUGAAGAUGGCGAGAAUUGAGUACAGUAUGGUUCUUGAAUUUCAGAUGGUUCUGUGUUUUGCUGCCACUCUGUUCUGCACGGUUGGAAUGUUCAUAAACGACGACUUCCAGGUAAUAUCAAGGGAAGCAAGUGAGUUUGAAUUGGGAAAAACGAAGUACUACUUGGUAACAGUGGGGAAUGCAAUACUUACACAGUGCUUUUACGUGGGAGCCCUUGGAGCGACGUCCUACGGCUCAUCUUUGAUGUCUAUGGUCAUCAUCAACGUACUCCUCCCGAUCACAGAGCUAAUGGCCGUCGUCUUCUACCACGAGAAGUUCCAGGCCGAGAAGGGCAUCUCUCUCUUCCUCUCCCUCUGGGGAUUUAUUUCUUACUUCUACGGAGAUAUACAAACCAACAUCAAGAAAAAGAACCAGCAACCGGCGGCAAUGCAACGGCCAGAUGCAUUCUGUACUACUUGUCAAUUGAAAUUGAAUCUUUUGGAUAGUGUGACAUUUUAAGUUUAAAAAAUAUCAUUAUAGUCUUGACUAUUGAAUGUGUAAAUAAAUAUACUCCCUCCGUCCCAAAUUGAAGUGCAAACUUUGACCGGCACAAGGAUUAAGAAAUGACAAUAAAUGAUACGCAAUACUUGCUUUUUACACUUUUGCCCA